AUGACACUGCCCCACGAGUUAUCCUCUAGAUCAACAAUAUCAAGAACCUCAUUUAGAGGCAGUGGGGUGCCGCCAACGGAGUUCGUUUCCCCACCGUGCAUCGUCAAAGUGCAUCCAUUUCGCGCUGCUGCAGGCAAUGGGGGUAAAAGAGAAGAGAAUGGUGAUACUCUUGCCGCACCGUCUUUGUCUUUACGCACCACCUCCGCCGCCCGUGAUACUUCGUCUGGCCUGAUUGUUGAGCAGCAUCCGCGGCUGCUUGCAGUGAUGGAAAACAUUGGUUCUUUCUAUAAGGAGAUGACUAGACAGUUGAUGUCAACGGGGGAGUGGGUGAGCAUCCUCGUCAUGCGUUCCUGGACGGGUAAGGAGCUGGUGGUUGCCCCCUAUGGAACUCCUCUGCGAUUGGAGCAUGUCGCUCUCUUCCUCAGCGAAAAGAUACCGGCAGAGAAGUUUAUUGAGUCGCGUCGCCUUCUUGCUGAGAGAGACAAUAAACAUCAUGGCAUUCGGCAUACCAGAGAUGUAGGUGGCGCGAUAAAUGUCGAUAUGCCUUGUGUUGUAAAUUAUGUGGAGAAGCUGCGCUGUAUCACACUCAAGGGGAGCAUGGUGUCUACCUUACUUGCCUACCACUCCCAGUCAUGGAAAGAGUUGGGCCACUACUUGCCGCUAGCAUUUCAAAUUAUUCCCAGGAAGCCCUGGUAUGAUGAACGCAAGAUGUUGCUGAAGACACUGCAGAGGAAGUCUAACAGUGGCACCCUGUGGAUAGCAAAGAGCUCCUCCGGAUGCCACGGGGAAGGCGUGGAAAUAUUUUGCAAUAAAGGAAAUGGUGCAAUUAAGAUGCUGAACUACAUAGAUAGCCAGAAAGAGCCGUACUUGUGGGUGGUACAGUGGUAUAUUGACAAUCCGCUGCUUUACCACCGCCGCAAGUUUGACAUUCGCUUUUGGGUGCUCCUUUGUGCCGAUCGGUACGAAAUCUACGUCUACAAGCGGCUGGUGAUGCGCAUGAGCAGCAUCGAGUAUAGUCCAAAGAGCGCCACUACAACGACUGCCGUAGGACGCCUGGCACACAUUACGAAUCAUUGUGUACAAGCCCAGAGUAGUUUUUUUGAGGCCUUUGAAGAAGGCAAUGAGCUGUGGAGACAACACCUUGACGCCGUUGUUCGCCACGAAGGCAAAAAGCUUCUGGAAAAGGGGAUUAUGCAUGAUGGAGCCAAUCCACAUUUGGAGCCCAGCUUAGAAAACACCAUACUACCACAGAUUUACCACAUCGCCGUGGAAACCCUGCUAGCCGCUCGGAAAUCCAUUCCGACUGGGCGGUCGCCAUACAUGACACCAUGCUUUCAGCUUUUUGGCUACGACUUUUUGAUUGAUGAGAGGCUGCGAGCCUGGCUGUUGGAGAUAAACGGUGCCCCAGGCGUUGCGGACCGGUUGCUGCCAGUUUUGGUUGAGGACACCAUUGAGAUCGCCUUGACGCCAUUUUUCCCAAACACCACGAAAUCCGCAAUUCGGCGGAGCAGAACCACCUACCCUAACGAGUAUGUGAGGGUCUAUCCGUAA